AUGGCCGACACCACAUCACCCUCCGCAUCCGCAUCCACAUCCACCCAGGCCUCCGCCGCCCCAUCAAUCCCCCCCAUCAAAGCGGCGCAAAUGCGGCUCUCGACACUAUCCUACCUCGUCCAUGGCGCCUCCGCCUCCGCAUUCCCUCACCCGCCCACACAUGCCGCCAUACCAUCCGAAGCAGCACUGCCACGACUGACACGCAUCGUCUCGGCGCUAUCAUCGCUCUCCACCGAUGCGGCGGGGAGUCGGGCGAUCUCGCGGUUGCUCGAGGCGUGGGACGAGUACGCCGAGCUUCUCGCGCCGGUGCCCGAGGGCUCGGCUGCGGCUGCGACUGCGACUGCCGAUGCCACGCAAGUGUGGGACGCGCACCAGCAGGCGAGCUGGUGCCUGAGCCAGCAGGCGGAGCUGCACGAGGCGGGGCAAGCGUUGGUUGAGAUAGACACGCUGGUGCACGAGCGCCGGGUGCUCGAGCCGGAUGCAAGCCGCAGCUUGGCACGCAACGUCGAGUCGAACACACGCAAACUGGCCACCGCAAAGCACAGCGAUACAGCCGCACAACAAACAGCGUCCAACCACACCGCUCGUCUGCUGCACCUCGUCCAGCGCUGGUCGCACUACACCUCAACCCUCAGCCAAGCUUUCACCCUGCUCGACGAGCAAGUGUGGACCCUCGAACGCCAGGUCUCGGCCUUAGAGCGUGCGCAGCCGAGCUAG